UAUUAAUUCCGUCUGUCCUCACUGGACACCCGGACCGUGGGCGGGGUUAAGGCGGCGGCCCCGCCCUCCUCAGGGUCACAGCGGCUCGGACUGUGGGAUGUUGCAAUUCCCUCGCUGGCAGGAAGGCUGAGCUCCCGGUAAUGCAUGUUCCCUUGUCUGCUGUCAUCCCGGUAAACCAGUUAUACAAGUCGGUCAGUCCGCUCUUGUGGGAGCCGGCGGAGGAGUCACCACCGCGGGAGAGACUAAAACAUCCUCUCAGCAGCUGUCAACACUCUGUGGUGCCAUAAUGAAGAAAGUCGUGGAAGUCAUCCUGUUGCUGCUGCUCUCCACAGUACAUGCAAAGGGGAAACGCUUCAGUCCACCAGGGAAACCUGCACUGACCAGAUGUCGCUCUCCAGAAAAAGAGACAUUUACCUGCUGGUGGGAGCCAGGAUCCGAUGGGGGACUGCCCACUACACACGCAUUGUACUAUCGCAAAGAAAGCUCUGAGACAGUGUACGAGUGUCCCGACUACCACACAGCUGGAGAGAACUCCUGCUUCUUUAAUAAGAACGACACGUCCAUCUGGGUCAACUACAACAUCACAGUGGUGGCCACCAACGCACUGGGCAGCGCCUUCUCCGACCCCGUGGAUAUAGACGUGGUCUACAUCGUCAAGCCUAAUCCUCCAGAGAAGCUAGCGGUGACUGUAAUGGAGGACAAGGGCUGGCCCUUCCUCCGGGUCUCAUGGGAGCCGCCACAUAAAGCGGACACCCGCUCCGGUUGGAUCACUCUCAUAUACGAGCUCCGUGUCAAGUUGGAGGAGGAAGAUGACUGGGAGGUGCACCUUGCAGGCCAGCAGAAGAUGUUUAACGUUUUCAGCCUUCGGUCAGGUGGCACAUACCUUGUUGAGGUGCGCUGUAAGCCCGAUCAUGGCUUCUGGAGUGAAUGGAGUUCCACUUCCUACAUCAAAGUUCCUGACUAUUUCCAUCGAGAGAAGUCAGUGUGGAUCCUCAUCACGAUCUUUGCUGCCUUCAUCUUCCUCAUCCUUACAUGGUUAUUGCAAAUUAACAGCCAAAGUCUGAAGGAUUGUAUUCUGCCACCUGUCCCUGGUCCUAAAAUUAAAGGAUUUGAUGAGCAUCUUCUCAAGAAUGGCAAAUCUGACGAUGUCUUCAUUGCACUGGGGGUGUCCGAUUUCCCUCCAACAACAUCAUCUAACUACGAGGACCUGCUGGUGGAGUACUUGGAGGUGUACGUCCCUGAGGAGCAGGAGCUGAUGCUGGAGGAAAGCAAGGAUCUGCAUGAUGGGUGCCUCAAAUCUGAGAGUUCUACGUCUGACAGUGACUCUGGUCGUGGCAGCUGUGACAGCCACACGCUGCUGAUGGAUAAGUGUGGGGAGGCGAAAGAAGAAGAAGAAGAAGAAAGGGAAACUGUUCGGGAAAGCAGUCGAAUGCGGACGGAGGCACAGAGGUGCCAGAAGGGCUGGGAGGAGCAUGGAGACAUGGUUAGCCCUGACAUGUCUAGUGGGAGGGUAAAAACCUGGCCCUCUGUGUUUUCUCCACUGCCGCAGUACAGCUCAAGCCCGCAGGACCAACAGAGGUCACUUGAGAUGGCCAAGCAGCAUUCCCUCUCCACGUCCUCCUACCUCAUCCAGCCGGGCCACAGCACCAGGGAGGUUCUGGGACCGAGCUACUGGGACAGACAGCCUCAUCUGCUCCAUCCCCAGACGCAGGUUCGCCAGGCCCACAGUGAUGUCAACAUCUCCAACAUCGCCAGCAAACAGUCAUCCCCUGGUUCACUGUCUCCUGCUCUCCGGGGCACGGAGUACGUUGAAGUCCAGAGGGUCAACGAGGAGGACAUGGUGCUUCUCCAGCCCGUUGUCGAAGGCUGCGGCAGCAUGGAAGGCUGCCCCCAGAUCCCUCAAGGGGAGGACUACAGCAAGGUGAAGGGGGUGGACAGUGGCAACGUGCUGCUGCUCCAGAGAGAGGUGAUGGAAGGAGCCGUGUGCCGGGAGAUGAAUGGAGGGACGGGGAACUGCUACAUGUCGUCCUCAGUUAGAUCUUCUCUGAAGCUUUCAGCAUGCAGUCACACGGCCAUGCCAGUACAGGAAGAAGCGGCCUUGGCAGUGACUGGUUAUGUUGACACUGCCACCAUGAGCAGACUGCCCAUUUGUUAGGUGCCCUGUUAGCCCAAAUGGCAGGUCUGGGACAUUGCAAGACCUGUUUCAGGCCAGAACUAAUACAAAAAACACUGGAAGACUCAGACCAUGUUUUGCUGUUAUCUUUAUUUUUUUCCAAAGAGAUAUCUUUUCUGAUGAAGUGACACAUUUAGAAAAAAAAAAUCUGAAUAAUAAUCUUCUAAUCAAAGAGUAUCAUUGAUUAUAUAAAUUAUGUUUUACGAUAUGCUGUCAUUCUAACUAAAAAUAUUUCUUCAUAUUUCAUAAACCCUUUCCUCCUCACAGGCAAAUUUCAUGAACUUUUUUAAUGUCUUUCAUGAAAUAUAUUGAUAUUUCCUGGUGUGAUGUGAGUAUCAGUUACAAAGUUAUUUGUGUAAAAUCAAAUCUGCAGAAAGUUUAAACAUAAUAUG